CACGUAUUGUCAUUGCUAUACACUCCUCCUUCAAGGUCAGUCAAAAUCACUACUGUGGUGCUUGCCUGUUUCCAGCGUCUAGCUCGACUUCACUGAGCCGCUCCUUAAGGCGCCUGAGGCACGUUACCGACUCGAGCGACCCAACGACUUCUCUAGCGGCUCUUGAUCACUUUAGAAAUACUGGGUGGAGGAAUUCGCUGCAAGCCACCGCGCUACGCGCGCGGCUAGACUCGCGGUCGAGAUUUUGCGCAGGCUGGCACUCCCCGAGGGACCGGUUCCUCGGGGAGAGUCUCGCCCCUCUGUGUUCGCAGACACGUCAUUUCCACCACCCGAUGGUAGCCUCACAAGCUAGAGUCAGAGUCGAGCAACGAAUUAGAUCGUGCAGAUCGCGAUUCGUGGCUACACAGCGUUUCGGAUCAGAGUUCAGCUUCGAUGCAACGAAGCACAAGGGGCAUUGCAUUCUGCUCGAAGGUGGCGAGCGAGUGGGGAAGGGAUGGCAAGCUUGCUGGAGCUACCUCUGGAGCUGUUUGAAGCCCUCAUCUCCCUCCUCCUGUCUUUGGGUCGACUUUGCGAUGCUGCCAAGUUGACUCAAACGUGCAGGGCUCUGCGCUUCACCGACUCAUCAAGACGAGUCAGCUAUCUCCGAGCACGUACUCGUCUCUGCUUGUCCGUCGACGAGGCUGCCGAGACGCAUUUACAACAUGCGACCAGAGCUCUCUUGAGCUCCAGCUGGCCCCACGCGGUUCCCGAAUCAGGCGAUGCAGCACUGCUUGGUCCUUCCUCCUCCAGGUACGAAGGCACACCGCAUGGAGCCAGACCCAGAGGAACACCUUUGCUGCGCAGGGACAAGGUGUACGAUCUUUCCAUGGACGGAAGUCUACUGCUUGCUCAGCAGCUCGCCCCACGUAUCGCGAGGGAUGACGACGAGAUCUGUGCACCGCCCUCCGAGGAGCGUGUGGAGAGCAUCACCGGCAUACAUCUACCUUCGCCCGCCAGUGCUUAUUCGGUCGAUGCGAAGGCCGACAUGGCAGUCACCGUCUCUGUGCGGAGGAGAGGUACCGAUGUUGAGGGAAACGUAUUGAGGCAGAUUCGUGUGAACGCCAUCGAGCUAAGGAGCGGCCGUUUGUUAAAGUCGUUCAAUCAGGCGCCGAGCUUGUUCGAUCCCAGCGAGGUCAGGGUGGAGGUCCAUGGCUCUUCUGUGCUCUUGCGGCAAGGAAAUUUGGCUGAAGUUCGGCGACUCGCUUGGCAAGGGGAGGAUGAUUUUAACUCGGAGAUCAGGACUGCUUGGCCCCUCAUUUGGGCUCCAAAGGUCAUCUCUUCAAGUCAACGCCUCCUUUGCGCACACUUGCUCUCAGAUUCCGUUUUGAUGCUCAUCAGAUCCGCUCCGGCCACUAGCGAUCACGGUCUGGACUGGGGGAGCACAUUGGAAAUCUACAAUCUGCAUCAGAGUCAGCCCCUUGUUGCGGAGAUUCGUCUGCCCAUCCGGGCCAGACCUGUGCCUGGCUUGAGCUACAUCAAGUGCGGAGCUUCGAUCGGCGACAAGUCGAAUCUGCGAGGCCAGAGGCGAAACGCACUGAUGCUCAUCUGCGUAGAAGGCAUGAUCUGGCAAGCCGAGCUCGAGUCCUUCUUGGAUCUGAUCUAUCCUGGCACAGCUUUGGCCCUCUACACACCUGGCCAGCCGACCUACCCGAUCCUAGAUGCCUCGUGGGUCAAGGCCAACAUGUCGCGAUUCUCGCUUUGUAUCAGCGAGGGUGCGCCCGUCGCAGAGACCAGCGCCUCGGGAUUCCGCAUGGUAGCGAUCUGGCGGACAGCUCGUCAGACGGCAGGUUACAUUCGAUUCGUCGAUCUCACACCUCCACAGGCAGCCGCCGAUAGCGAAAGCAGAUCUUCGAGGCGCGAAGAGAUCAUGACUCGAGGUGGUGGCAAAGAGGUGGCCAUCUUCAGGACAUGGUGGGCGGAGAAGGAACGGCCUUUCAUCUACUACGACCACGCUUUCGAGGACUAUCUACCAGACCAGAAUGUGCAGCACACGUCUGUCAUGUUGGAUGGUGCAAGAUUGCUGCUGAGCUCUGCACGAGCUGUCGCGACGCCUUCCAGAUCUGACGGCAUUGCUGAUGUGACGCUCGGCGAACAUUUGGUGGAGGCAGCCGAGUCCACUGUGGAAGCCGUGGUCGAGUCCGCAUCUCGAAACGAGGAGGCUUGGGAGGUCAAUGCAAUGGACGGAGGGCGUGCCGGCACACUGCCUUUCGCUGCAGUCUGGCUGAUCUGACAUGAGCUUGUCCUGUAUCACUGAAUUUAUGUUUAUGCAGUCCUUGACUU